AUGAGCAUCGGAUCGCGUGACGUCAGCUCAGAUAGCAUCCAGGUUCGUCCUGGCCCUGCUGGCGCUGCGGCCGAUUCCGAGACCGUGCCUCGGACACCAACACCGCCAUUGCCACAAGAGCAGCAAGAGAGCUCGCAGGUCUCACCACAGCAACAGCAGAUUCUGCAGCAUCAACAAAAUAAACCAUCGAUUCAUACGCAGUCACAACAAAAUGUCACGUCCGUAUCCAGCACAUCGACCGUGGCGCCCUCCGAAAUCAAUCCAGUAUCAAUAACAGCCGUCAAACAGAUAGUACCUCCGGCAACGGUACGCCCACCUCCCCCUGCCAGUGCCGUCAGCCUUCACGCUGCCGCCGCCGCCGCCAACAAGCAGAAUGCUGCGCCAGCUACAGCCGCACCCCGAGAUGCCUCAAUAGCUGCGCCCAGCGGCAAGACAAGUGCCACCAGCUCGCCCAAGAAGCAGGUAAAACCCAAGGUCAACAAAGCGUCCGGUGCUGCCAAACCCAAGCAGAAGCGCAAAACCAACCAGUCGGGUGCAAGCGAUGAGCUCGUGUAUCGUCCCGCGCCAAGCACCGCUGGCGGCACCAUCGGAGCUGCGCCCGACGCUACCAUUCCAGCCAUGUUAAGCGCGGCCGGCGGUGGCCGCAAAGCCUUGCCCGAGCUUGUUCUGCCGUUCCAGCUGCCGUUCGUCGAUGUUCGCCCCGAUAUUCCCAUGCUGGACAACGCGAGUCUACAGGCAGCCAUGGCCAUGGGCGCUUCCGAGACCUCCUCACUCGAUACGGGCAGCGACAGCGACGAUUAUUCGGUGCAAUCCGAUGACUCGGACCUCGACAGCGAAGCUGAGGAGAGCCGCAGAGAGGCUCGCAGACGCAGACGAGAGCCUGCCACCAUCGAGGAGAGCCUCGUUCUCCUCCAGUCGCUUCGACAAUCUCGCCUCUCGCAUCUCUCUUCGCUGCUCACGCCGUUCAGCCAACGUGUCAGAUCGGGCAUGAUCUACCCCAACGUGCUGCCUCUUAGUCUCCUGCACGGUCUCAAUCCGCGAGAUCCGCAUGUCCUCAUCCAGCUCGGACGAGCCGACAUCCACGUUGGUCCGCACGUCUUUCUCAAGACCAAGUUCUGGGAGGUCCGUCCCGACUAUGAAUCGCCGCCCAUCAUGAACCCGCUCGGUGGCAUCCAUGCACCGGCCUCCUACGGCCCUUCAUCGGUCUAUCCGCGCAUGUCUGUUCCGGCGCCGAUGCCGCAGCAGCUACCUCAGCCUCAGCCUCCGAAGCUGCCCUCGCCGCGUGCUGCUCCGACUCCCGUGGUGGCCCAACCAAGUGUGCCGCUUGCUCGACCGCCUACAACAUCAAACAAGUCUCCGAUAGCGCGUGCCGCGACGGUCGUUGCUCCAGCUGGUGCUACCAGCACUGCUGCCUCGGCCUCCCCCAAAACAACGAGUCUGCCAACACCGACGUUGCCGGCAACGCCGAUGCAGAGCUCUGCUGGUGUUCGACCUGCAGUCUUGCCUAAGCCCGCUGUUGCAUCUUCGCCGACCAUUGCUUCUGCUCCGGCGGCCAAGCCGCCACUCGCAGGAGCCGGCGUUGGUACUGUCCCGACUCCAGCAUCGGUCUCAGCAACGACAUUGCCUCCAGCGCCUAAGGCUGUGGCCCCCGCUGCGUCUUCGACACUUGUAUCCGGAUCAACCACUGUCACCUCGACAACUGCUGACAGCAAGCCGGCUGCGGUCGUCACCGUUCCAGCAUCUGUGUCGCAGGCGACCAAGCCCAUGACGGCACCAGUCUCGCUUCCGCGACCACCGAUGGUCACACCCUCGCUGCCUAGACCACCCAGCAUCAAUCACAGCAACAUUCCUUCGAGCUCCAACCCUCCCACCAUCAGUCCUAGCAACACAGCAACCUCCUCAGCAGCGCCUUCGAAGGCGCCUUCGCCAGUCGGUGCGGCCACGGCCAAGCCCAUGAGCGCAAGUGCCAACGCUACUGCUUCCCCCGCUGCUGCAGCAACAACGACAGCCGCCAGUGCUGCUGCGCCACCAGUUACCGCUUCUGGAAGCACCGCGUCCAACCCGGCUUCUGCAGCCGCGAAACCAGCGGCGCCUGCCUCCGCCAAUACGAAUGCAGCGAACUCACAGGCACCGGCACGUCCAGCAGGUGUGCCUCCUCCGCCGGCGAUUGACGCUGUAUUGGUUUCCCGUGUCAAUGCCACCGCAGCGCUCAACCCCGAGCUUCAGGAGCUGCUGCACAUCGCCGCUUCAGGCAAGGCCAACCCGAACCAGCUGAAAGCGCUCGGCGUUUGGAUCCAGGCAAUCACGGCUCAACUCAGGCAGGACGAGGCUCGCAACGCAGCUGCCACCAGCAGUUCAGCAGCAGGAGCAUCAGGCUCCCGCGCCCCCGGCAACACGGCGUCGACGACAGCAGAAGGCAAAAAGUCCAAGAAGAACAAGGUGGACGAGGCCGCCAAAGCCAGCAAGAAGCAGGCCAAGAUCGAAGAGCGUGAAGCCAAGAAGAAGGCCAAAGCUGAAGCAAAGGCGAAAGCGCAGGCAGAUAAGCAGCAGACGCAGAAGCAGCACAAGCAGAAGCAGCAGCCGGUUCAUCAGCAGCACCACAGCUACCAACAGCAGCAGCAGCAAGCGCAAGCACCGGUCUCGAACAAGCUGCGCCACCCUCCUCCCGGCUGGCCGACCGACGGUCCUCCCAAGCCGCCCGUCAUCAUCGUGGAGUUCCGAGAGAAUCCGAGCAUGCGCUUCAUUUUGCCAUUGUGGAAAUGUUUGGUGGAGCGCACCGAGGGCAUCGAGCGACCGUCGCUACCCAAGGUCAAGAAGGAGAGGCGCAGCUUCUUCGACAACGAGUCGGACGACGAGGAGAGCAAGAGGAUCGAGCCAGAACUCAGGUUGAGCUUCUUUGCACCUUCGCUUGGGUCAGACGCCGCGGAUGGCAGUGGGCUACGCGAGCUAGAGGAAGAGCUGAAACGCAAAGCUGCCGAGGAGGCCAGGCUCAACGCCGCCGACACGACCUCGACGGGUGCUCAGAGCAACGUCGCGUCAAAAUCUGCUUCGCCUGAGGCUGCGUCAGCCCCUGCCGCCAGCGACAAGACUGCCGAAGACGGUACGUCUUUGCAGGGCAAGAAGAAGAAGGGAGGCGUCAGUGGCGGCAGCAAGAAGGGCGGCAAACCGAUCAAGCAGGAGGCUUCGGACGCCACAGCGUCGUCGGACUAUUCGCACAGCAAGAAGCACGAGGUCUAUCCCCUCACCUGGAGCAUCAAGGGUGGCGUCACCGAGAGUCUGUGGGAAGCGCUCGGUCGGGUGCCUGGCACCAUGACGUGCCAGCCGGUCAAACGCGAGCCCGAGAUCGAGCUGGAGCCGGACGUCGCGGAGUUCCUGGUGCCCGAGAUCCGCUACCACCUGCUCGACCUGCCCAUGGAAGAGAUCAAGAUCCAAAAGGAGACGACCGACACCUUUGUGGAUCUGUACAGCCAGAUGCCGGAUCGACGCUUCAUCCUGCCUCGCGUGGCGCCUGCGCUGCUGCCGCAAGGACUGGAGGAUCACCUACAGGAUCGCUUCGCUGUGCGCCCUCAAUGCAUGCAGGACCGACCUGUGGUGAAGCGCAAAGCGGGAGCGCGCGAAGAUGACGUGAGCUUUUCGUACGAAGGCAUCGGACUGACCGUGAUCGGGCCCAACGGGGUCAAGACGGAGCCUGGAGCCGCGGCGCCGCCGAAGCCACCGAAGCGAAAGCGACACGUCGCAACGCACAACCCGGACGGUUCGAUCAAGAGCUGCGGAGCGUGCGGUAAGACCAAGACGCCCAUGUGGCGUCGCGGACCUAAAGGACCAUCGCAGCUGUGCAACGCGUGUGGUGCACGCUGGAAAGCCGGACGUCUGGUGGUGCCCGAGGUUGCGCCGCCACCGAUCAUCGAGGCGGAGGAGGACAAGUCGAAGGAGGACGAAGCACGCAAGGAGGACGAGGCGCAGGCAUCGAUGCACGGCAGCAACGCGCUGGUGAUCCCGCAGAGCUCGAGCGCCGACGAUGGAAGCUACACGGUGAUGGCGUCGAGCGGCAUGGUGGGCUCCGCUCCGUUUGGCGACCACUACUCGCUCUCGCCCGAAGACAAGAGCGGCAUGGAGUUUGGGGCAAGCCACCUGAGCCGUGGCUCGUCGAGUCCAAGCCCAUUCAUCCGAUCGCCUAUUCCUGAAGAUGAUGUGAUGCCAGCAUCGGUCGAUCCGAGCAUGCUAUCGGGAUCGAAUCGUGCCUUGUCGCGGCGCUGA